AGUAGUGAUCAUUGUGGGUGAAAGCACUUUGCAAAGCCGUAACUGAGGCUCAGCCGUCGGGUGCAGUUGCUGUGGUCGCUGCUCCGUCUGGGCGGGGUGACCGGAUCGGGAAGUCCUGCUCCCUCCUCCCCACAGUGGAAACCUCGCGCCGUCCGCCUCUGGGGCAUCUCUCUCCCGCCAUCUCGGGAGCAGCACUCGAGAUAAGCGAGGGAGCCUCCUCCCCGGCAGGAUGACUGCCGCGGCGCAGAAGGGACAAGGGCCCCUGCGAGGGGGACCGUAGGACUCGCGGGGGCUUCGCGCCUGCCCAGUGGCCGGCCAGGAUUCAGGCCUCUUCCCUGGCAUGGAGAGUAACCUGUCUGGCCUGGUGCCUGCUGCUGGGCUGGUGCCUGCGCUGCCGCCUGCUGUGACCCUGGGGCUGACUGCGGCCUACACCACUCUGUAUGCCCUACUCUUCUUUUCCGUCUAUGCCCAGCUCUGGCUGGUGCUCCUGUAUGGGCACAAGCGUCUCAGCUAUCAGACAGUGUUUCUGGCACUCUGUCUGCUCUGGGCUGCCUUGCGUACCACCCUCUUCUCCUUCUACUUCCGAGAUACCCCCCGAGCCAACCGUCUGGGGCCCCUGCCUUUUUGGCUUCUCUACUGCUUCCCUGUUUGCCUGCAGUUCUUCACACUGACACUUAUGAACCUCUACUUUGCCCAGGUGGUGUUCAAGGCAAAGGUGAAGCAUCGGCCAGAGAUGAGCCGAGGCUUGCUGGCUGUCCGAGGGGCCUUCGUGGGGGCCUCACUGCUCUUUCUGCUGGUGAAUGUGCUGUGUGCUGUGCUGUCCCGCCGGCGCCGUGCACAGCCCUGGGCCCUCCUGCUGGUGCGAGUCCUGGUGAGCGACUCCCUCUUUGUUAUCUGCGCACUUUCUCUUGCCGCCUGCCUCUGCCUUGUUGCCCGGCGGGCCCCCUCUACCAGCAUCUACCUGGAGGCCAAGGGGACCAGUGUGUGUCAGGCGGCCGCGAUGGGUGGUGCCAUGGUCCUGCUCUAUGCCAGCCGGGCCUGCUACAACCUGGCAGCCCUGGCCUUGGCCCCCCGGAGCCGACUGGACACCUUCGAUUAUGAUUGGUACAAUGUCUCUGACCAGGCGGACCUGGUGAAUGACCUGGGGAACAAAGGCUACUUGGUGUUUGGCCUCAUCCUCUUUGUGUGGGAGCUGCUGCCCACUACCCUGCUGGUGGGCUUCUUCCGGGUGCACCGGCCCACACAGGACCUGAGCACCAGCCGAAUUCUCAAUGGACAGGUCUUUGGCUCCCGUUCCUACUUCUUCGACCGGACUGGGCACUGCGAAGAUGAGGGCUGCUCCUGGGAGCACAGCCGGAGUGAGAGCACCAGGUGCUGGGACCAGGAGGCCACCACCACAGUCUCUACUCCACCCCACAGACGUGACCCCCUUCUGUUCUCCCCAGAACACCCAGACCUAGUCCUCCCAUCCCAGGCCUCUGUGCCAAGUUCAUCUGCCGCUUCUUGCCCAGGAUCCCAGGGGACUGUGGCCACCUCAUCCCCUCGCCAGCUCCUUGGUACUCCUUGUAGCGAGCUUGUGCCAUCCCCUAGGAUGGAGGCCAUGGCCCUGGCUGCCAGAUGCCCACAGCACCAUGGUAUAAGCUGCCGUCUCCACCGGAGCCGCUACCUCUCCUGCACCUGCUCCUCAAUAAACAGUGUCCGUGCCCAUGUCCGAUUGCUGUCUGCCAGUCAUCUACUUCGUGUUUCUCGCACUGUUUCCUGUUUGGCCAAAGGCUAUUCAGACACUGGGGGCUCGGCUGGGCAGGGGCCACUCCGCCCCAGGCUGGUGGGCAGGAAGAGGGAGUAGAAGAUCCUGCUGCCACUCCA